UCCCCGGCGUCUCUUUUUUUUUUUUUUCUGAGCGAGAGAGACACAGCGGCUGGCGGCGCCAUAUUGAAAGAAGAAAAUAGUUCCAUAAAACGCGAAAUACGUCGAAGUUGCCGCGAUGUUGUACCUGGAGGAUUACCUCGAGAUGAUCGAGCAGCUUCCCAUGGACCUCCGCGACAGGUUCACGGAAAUGAGGGAGAUGGACUUACAAGUGCAGAACGCCACGGACCAGCUGGAGCAGAAGGUGAUCGAGUUCUUCGUCAACGCGAAGAAGAACAAGCCCGAGUGGAGAGAAGAGCAGAUGGAGGUCAUUAAAAAGGAUUAUUACAAAGCUUUGGAAGAUGCAGAUGAGAAAGUCCAGCUGGCCAAUCAGAUUUAUGAUCUGGUGGACCGUCACCUGCGUAAGCUGGACCAGGAACUGGCCAAGUUCAAGAUGGAGCUGGAGGCCGACAACGCCGGCAUCACCGAGAUCCUGGAGAGACGGUCUUUGGAGAUGGACAGUCCGUCUCAGCCGGUCAACAACCACCACGUCCACUCACACACCGCCUCUGAGAAGAGGAAGUACAGCGCUCCCACUCACCACACUACCGAACACGUUCCAGAGAAGAAGUUCAAGUCUGAAGCUCUGCUGUCCACGCUCACAUCAGACGCCUUCAAGGAGAACACGCCAGGUUGCCGUACCAACAGCACGUCCUCCGUGUCCACCAACAGCGUGUACAGCGUGAACUCGUCUCAGCCUCUGGCCUCGUACAACCUGAGCUCUCUGCCGGCCGGGCCCGGGGCCGGAGCUGGAGCCAUCAGCAUGGCAGCCGCACAGGCUGUCCAGGCCACCGCACAGAUGAAGGAGGGCCGCAGGACCUCCAGUCUGAAGGCGAGCUACGAAGCGAUCAAGAACAGCGAGUUCCAGCUGGGCCGAGAGUUCUCCCUGUCCCGGGACAGCCCCGGGUACUCCUCCUCCACCUCCUCCUCAGCCCUGGCCUCCACCCUCACCCAGACCCUCACCCCCCCCACUGCCUCAGACUCACGGGGACGCAAGUCCAAAAGCAGCAUUAAGUCUUCCAACCACCAGUCCUCGUCAUCCUCCUCCUCUUCCUCUCUGUCGUCAUGCUCUUCAUCGUCUGCGCUGGCCCAGGAACUUUCCCAGCAUGCAUCAGCGCUGCCUGAGGCCGAGGCCAACAGCCAGGUGGACUGGACCUACGACCCCAACGAGCCGCGAUACUGCAUCUGUAACCAGGUUUCUUACGGAGAAAUGGUCGGCUGUGAUAACACAGAUUGUCCCAUCGAGUGGUUCCACUACGGCUGUGUGGGUCUGACCGAGGCCCCCAAGGGGAAGUGGUAUUGCCCGCAGUGUACGGCCGCCAUGAAGAGACGAGGCAGCCGCCACAAAUAGAC